AACAAAAAUAAUAAAUAAAUAAAUACAAAAACUAACCCUUUAUAUAUUAUAACCUAACUAAUCUUUUCAUGUCGAGUGUCUGUGUAUUUCGAGUCCUUGAUCCAUUUCAAACUCUAUCGAAUUCUCUUUCUCUCUCUACGUACCUCUCCGUCUAGAUUAGUGUAGUAGAAGAUAGUCAGAUAGAGUCGUCUCUCUCAUUCGUUCGGCCAAUUAUUUACAUUUGUGUUUUAUACGUCCCAUCAAAUUCUUUCUCCCUCUUUCUUUCUUUCUUUCUUUCUCACACAAGAAACACUUUGCAUCCUGAAAACGCUCUUGACCCAGAAUAGUAGCCGAAUAAACCAAUAAUUAGGAGGAAAUUUAGUGUGAUUUUUGACAGAAUCCGCAUCAGUAUCAGUGAAAUCCAACUAGUGAGACAGAGAGGGGGUACAAGAAGAGCUGCAAACUCGCAUGGGCUAUAAUUGAUUUAAUUUUACUGAUUCUAACCAUAAAAAACAGAUGAAUUCAGGAGGAAAUGGCCCGAAUGGAGGGGAUGGGGCUCCAUCAUCAACCAGCGGAGGCGCAGAAGAGGCUGGGGGCGACGGUGCAGGUGGGUCAACGGAGCCAACUCCGAGUCGCUAUGAGUCGCAGAAGCGUCGAGACUGGAACACUUUUCUACAAUACCUAAAAACCCACAAGCCGCCGCUGACUCUAGCCAGCUGCAGCGGAGCUCACGUUAUUGAGUUCUUGAAAUACCUAGACCAGUUCGGGAAAACUAAGGUACAUGUAACAGGCUGCCCGUAUUUCGGUCACCCGAAUCCUCCUGCCCCCUGCGCGUGCCCUUUGAAGCAGGCUUGGGGCAGUCUUGAUGCACUAAUCGGCCGGCUCAGGGCAGCCUAUGAAGAGAACGGUGGUCAGCAGGAGACCAAUCCUUUUGGUGCUAAAGCCGUGAGGUUAUAUCUUAGAGAAGUGAAAGAAAGUCAGACUAAGGCCAGAGGAAUACCCUAUGAGAAGAAACGGCGGAAAAGGUCGGCCUCUUCUGCCGUCAGCGGUGGUGCAUCUACUGUGGCGGUUACAGUUGCUGCUAGUCCUACUGUUGGUACUGAUAGUGGUGGCGGUGGUGGAAGUGGUGAAGGUGGUGCUGCUGGUGCCGGUGCCGGUGCUGGUGCUGGUGCAACUCUUGUGCCUGCAACACCUUCUACCACAACAUGGAAGCAGUAAAUUUUACCCUCAGUUUUUUUCUUUUCAAUUUUCUCUAUAUAUAAAUUGGAAACUCGACUUUCUUUUAAUUGUGAAUAUGAAAUUUUAUAUGUGAACAUUGGAAAUUUUGAUUUU